UUGUUUAAAUAAGUAUUAUUAAUUAUGUCGAACAUUAAAAAAAGUAUAAUUAUGGAAAAUGAUAAAAAACGAUUGAAAGAGUUAUUUCGUUUGAUGGAUAACGAUGGUGAUGGGUAUUUAGAUUAUUAUGAAGUGAAAGCUGUAUUGAAGGCUUUAGGUUUUAUAGUUAAAAAAUCCUAUAUUUUAGCGAUUAUGCGAAUGUACGAUAAGCACGGUUGUAAUAAAAUUUCUUUUGACGAUUUUAAUUAUGUUGUAUUAGAAAAAUUCAGUAAACGAAGUAUUUUAGAUGAAAUAAAACAUGCAUUUAAAUUAUUUACAAAUGAUUCUAUGCGUGAUAAGAUAACUUUAGAAGAUCUACAAAAAUUGAAUGGAAAACUUGAAUGUGACUUAACACUCGAAGAGAUGGAACUUAUGAUCAAAGAGUUCGAUUUGGAUCAAGAUAAUUCUAUUAAUGAAAGUGAAUUCAUAGAAAUUAUGAUGGAUCUUGGAAUGUAAACGAAUUUUGUCUUUUGUUGCAAGUACGUUUUAUUAAUAUUAUCACAAUGAAUUUUGGAAUCAACUGGGAAGAAGAGCAUCGACGUACAUUGCUAUCAGGCAAUGCAUCAUUGACAUCUACUGCGCAAUCAAUUGCCAGAUCUCAAGCAGUUGCAAU